AUGAGCAGGUUACCAGGAUCAAGCAAUGAAGAGCAAAUCUUAUUUUUGGUUCGUUGGCUGAACGACCACAUAAAAGAUGCACAGAGUAUUCAGAAGCCAGUUCUCUUUGCUGAGUUCGGGGUAGCAACAAAAAACAUGAGCACUGACUCAACAACAGUAAGGGACCAAUUUUUCAACUUGGUGUAUUCUGCAAUCUAUUCAUCAGCAAGUGAUAGUGGCGCAGCAAUUCUAUCUUGCAGCCGUGCAUCAGAGUAUGGGCUGAUGAAAAUUGAUAGAAAGGGUCGGAUUACGCAGUUUUUAGAAAAUCCAAAUGAAUCAGAUGUGAACGCAAUGCGUGUUGAUACCAGUGUCUUAGGCUUAAGUGCAGAAGAAGCAGAGAAAUAUCCUUUCAUUUCUCCCAUGGGUGUUUCUGUAUUCAGAACUGAGACCCUGCUGAAACUGCUAAGGUUGACCUGUCCUUCUGGCAAUGACUUGGGAUCUGAAAUUAUACCAUCUUCUUUGAGGGACCACAAAGUCCAAGCAUAUAUGUUCAGGGACUAUUGGAAGGAUAUUGGAACUAUCAAGUCCUUCUAUGAAGCUAAUCUAGAACUAACAGAACAGUCUCCAAAAUUUGAAUUAAUUCAACAUUCUGUUGUUGGUGUGCGCUCUCGUUUAGAGGCUGGUUCAGAGCUUCUGGAUACCAUGAUGAUGGGUGCUGACUUAUAUCAAACUGAUUCUGAAAUUGCAACUCUGCUGGCAGAAGGAAAGGUUCCAAUUGGUGUAGGAGAAAAUACCAAAAUCAGGAAUUGCAUAAUUGACAAGAAUGCCAAGAUAGGAAGAAAUGUGAUUAUUGCCAAUGCUGAUGGUGUUCAAGAAGCAGACAGACCUAAAGAGGGAUUUUACAUUAGGUCUGGCAUCGUAGUUAUAGUGAAGAAUGCAACAAUUGAAGAUGGAACAGUGAUCUGA